GAGAGAGGGAGCCAAGACAGUGUUGCAAAGCGGGGAAAGUGCGAUCUCGCCUACACUAGUCAUCCCGCUCGCACUGUAGGCAAAUGUCAAAGUCUGUUCGUUCAGUUGAAAAACAGAAUUGUGGCCGAGAAAAGGCCGAAUCAGCGACGAAAUUAGCCACAUUAGCAGGGACUUACAUAUAGAUUAGGCCAACAAUCGAGUGUUUCCCACAAUGGAGGCGGCCAAGGAUUUAGUGCGGUCCAAGUACCAGGACUUAUGUAACUUCCUGGAGCGGGACACUCGCGGCAGCGAACUGGUCAUCUACGGCACCUCGGCCCUCCUGCUGGCGGUGGCCUAUGUGAAGCGCAAGCCGGCCUACCUGGUGCGCCAGUUCAAGCAGCCCUCCCACAUCCCGGAGCGCCUGAUCAGCGAGCGUGUGAUGCACACGGGCCGCAUCGCCGGGGUCAAGCAGCAGGAGCAGGACACCCUGCUGAUGAUCCAGCACAAGCCCCUCAUCCCAAUCUUCACCAGCCGCAAGCGCCUGCUGCCCGUGAAGCUGCCGGGCGUUCGGGUCAACGCCAACGGCUACUCCUGGCUGCAGCAGUGCCUCAUUGGUCGCGAGGCCACCUUCCUGCCCCUGAAAUCCCCCAAGGGGCAGGACUUUGUCGUCUGCCAGCUGUGCCUGGUCCAUCCGCCCAGGGGCAAUCGCCUGUUCGACGUCUCCGAGACGCUGCUCAAGCUGCGCUUCGCCAAAUUCGCCCAGGAUGCCGCCUCCGGGGUGAAGCGGAACGGCAAGUACUACCAACACCUGAAGAAGGUGGAGCAGACCACCGCCGAGAAGGAGGCCUGGCUGUCCUGGGCCUCCGGCUAUCCCUACAUCUGGCGUCGCUACAACGAACUUAAGCAGCGCCUGCUGCCCAAGGAGAAACUGCUGCCGGAGCUAGUGCGCUGAUCCCGAUCUCCCGUCCAUGCCACUUACUUAGUUACAGGGCUAGAUCCCUACCACUAACUUAGUUCUACGGCUAGCUGCGCCCAACCUCGACUUAAUGUGCCUUUUUCACUGCCUUGUGGUUAUAACAAGCUUGAUCUAUGAUUGCCUAAGAGGCAACUCUUCACUUCGCCUUAAAGACAUUUAAACCGCAAUUAAGAACAUUUACACAACGCAGUCUCAAAAGUACAUUAGUUAUAGGACUAGCUGGCCACUUAACCAACGAAACAAACGACAAUCGAUGCCCAGGCGGUACGUGAUCGUGUGCUAAUUUCCACAUCCAGUAAAGCCGCAGCGCUAGCAUUUUUUCUAAAUGUUUAAAUAAACAACAUGUUGUUUUUACCAUCAGUGCGUGUGCCUGUGUGUGUUGUUCGUGUGCGUGCAUGUUUCCCAAAUAAAACGACAAUAUACUUGACUUUA